GGGAGAGUGAGUGAGAGAGAGAGAGAGAGAGAGAGAGUGUGUGUGUGUGUGAGAGAGAGAGAGAGAGAGUGCGUAAAGUGUGUACGGAGCAUGCCGUCCACAACGCUUGAACCGACCUGCGAAGGAUCCGCUCAGUCAUGGGAGUGCAUUACCUCGCCCGUGCGCUUUCCGCCAUCAAUAAUUUAAUCUAUCUGCUCCAAAGCUGAAGAGACUGACGACAACUCGGUGCUGCUGCCUGGCAAAGACAGGAGGAAAGAAGGAAAGAAAGAAAAACAAACAUUGCAAGGAAUUAAAACUCGCGGGGAAAAGGCUUGUGGGGGACUUUUUUGAUCCCAGAUGACACUGUCCCGGUGAAUGGUGUCUCUUUAGAACUGGACAGUAAAAUAAAGUUCCACCAGGUCAGAAGAGUGAUGACCAUCCUGUUCCUUACUAUGGUUAUUUCAUACUUCAGUUGCAUGAGAGCUGCGCCCAUGAGAGAGGUGCCGGGCGUUGUGGGGGGCCACCGAGCCGAGGGCUACCUGGGGGCCGCUCGGGGCCACGGGACUCCACCGAGCGGGGGAGCACUGCCCUCGCUCACGGACACGUUCGAGCAGGUGAUCGAGGAGCUACUGGAAGUGGAGGGGGAGGCAGCGCAGGGCCAGGGAGGGGGGGGUCCCGGCAGUGCAGCUACGGCCACGGCUGAUUCGAAGGACGUCGACACGUAUGCGUCGCGCGUGAUGAUCAGCAACCAAGUGCCUUUGGAGCCACCUCUGCUCUUUCUCUUGGAGGAAUACAAAAACUACCUGGAUGCCGCCAACAUGUCGAUGCGGGUGCGGCGCCACUCGGACCCGGCGCGGCGUGGCGAGCUCAGCGUGUGCGACAGUAUUAGCCAGUGGGUGACGGCCGUGGACAAAAAGACGGCUAUCGACAUGUCCGGCCAGACCGUCACCGUGCUGGAGAAGGUCCCGGUGGCCAAUGGGCAGCUGAAGCAAUACUUUUAUGAGACCAAAUGCAACCCGCUGGGUUACACGAAGGAGGGCUGCCGAGGAAUAGACAAGCGGCACUAUAACUCGCAAUGCCGGACAACCCAAUCGUACGUGCGAGCCCUCACCAUGGAUAGCAAACGGAAGAUCGGCUGGAGGUUUAUACGGAUAGACACUUCGUGUGUAUGCACAUUGACCAUUAAGAGGGGGAGAUAGUGUACACAAUGUAUAGAUUUUAUUGAGAGUUCUAACAAGAGAGAAAGAAAAAGAGUAAAUAUCUAUUUGUAUAUAUACAUAACAGGGUAAAUUAUUCCAUCAGAUGAAAAUUUUAUGGACUGCAUGUAAAAAAGAUGAAGUUUAUACAGUAAAGUGAUACUACAGUCUAUUUAUUGAACAUAUUCAUGACCUUGUAAACAAUUAAAAAAAGAUCUGAUCAGUCAU